AUGCCACCUUUCUAUCCUUACUUUCCGAGCAGCACAACCCCGCGGGCUCCUGUUGCGACGAGUCAAUUCAUUUUCCCCUACCCACAACAUCAAAACACCACGAACGAGGCACACAAUGGUACAAACCACCAGAAUAGCGGCACUUGUGCUUCUUGUGCACACUGUCAUGAGAGCGGCGUGCCGUGCUCCGUUUGCGAUUGUGGGCACCACCACGAUGGCGACCUGCCGUGCGCCCUUUGUGGACAUAACCACCACACUGGUCUUCCUUGCCCACAAUGUGGUUGUGAAUAUCACAACGAUGACGGUCUACCCUGCCCGCCUAACGGCAGGAAUCCCAUGCUCAAUCUAACCGGACCCGCAUCUUCAGACUGCGAAGGCUGCGAGCCUCCCAUCCUGCCGGAUAUCCCUCCACCACUGGCCAGCGCGAACACGUUCCACUCAACUCACGGGCCAUGCCAGGAUUUGACCGUCGUCAAUGCGAACGGUCGCCUUCAGCUUCGCAACGGCACGGUCACGGGGCUUCUUGGGCUAAGCCAGGCACAGGCCUCUUCGCCCGACGGCGGCCCGGGGUACCAUUCGAAGCAGACUGGUCAGGUUCUGAUGGUAGUUAUGUUCAUUGCUGGAGCUGCAGUGGCUCUGGGUGCCUUGUACUGUGUCGGAAGGGCGUACUGGAGGUAUAAGAUGCGCAAGGCAGAGAAGCAGCGUGUGAUUAGCGCCUAG